UUUUUCAUUACUUGGGGGGUUAUUGGAUGUUGGUAUAAUGCGCACGUUGUAGUUUGACAGAUUUGUCAAAUUUGACAACUGUAAAUAAAUAGCUUAAAAAAGUUGCAUUAAAGUUAAAACAUUCCUGAGUGAGCAAAAUGUCUCACAUGGACAGUUCUUUGAGUGACGAAGACCUAGACGAGGGUCAGUCUGAAGUGAAGCGAAUAAGGUACGAUUCAAAAAUUUACAAUGUGAGUCGAAGGUUUGAGAAGCACCAAAGACCGCGCCGGACACGGCUUGCAAGUCGAGACAGUCACUCUUUUCACGUGAAAGAGAGCAAUUUGCAAGGUCUUAUUUUUGAUAAUGGGGCUCAUACGAUCAAAAUCAACUAUUCGUUUGAAGAGGAGCCAAAAAUCAUUCCAAAUUGUAUCAUGAAAGCAAAGUCGGAGCGAAAACGGUUAUUUAUUGGAAGCCAGAUUGAUGAAUGUAGGGACUGUUCCGGUUUGUUUUACUUAAUACCUAGUGAGCGGGGGUAUAUAACAAAGUGGGAUGUGCAAAAACCGAUAUGGGAUUUUGUGCUUAGCAAAAAUGUUUGUCCUGUGAAUAACUAUCCUGUGAUAAUGACACAACCCUUGUUUAACUUCAAAUCGAUUCAAGAUUGUAUUGAUGAGAUAUUUUUUGAAGAGUAUGAAGUCUCAUCCAUGUUCAGAUUAAAUCCCACCGACCUUGCAGUAUUACAGUACCACAAAGAAAUUGGGGCAAAACCUCCGUGUAUUAUAGUUGAUUCAGGGUAUAGUUUCACACAUGUAAUUCCGUAUCUAGAAGGUAAAAAAUAUCUGAAAGGUGUGAGAAGGAUAAAUGUUGGGGGGAAACUGUUAACUAACCAUUUGAAAGACAUAAUAUCAUAUCGCCAGUACCACGUAAUGGAGGAGACUUUCGUAAUCAACCAAGUGAAAGAAGACACUUGUUACGUGUCUCAAGACUUCAAAAGCGACCUAAAAGCUGCAGAGCUCCCUCCCAGCAAAAACCACAUUAUUCGAAAUUAUGUGCUGCCCGAUUUUAAUAAUAUCAGGAGGGGGUACAUCCAAGAUCGGGACCAAAAAGACGAAAUUGCAGAAAAUUGCCAAAUUCUUCGUCUAAACAACGAGCGAUUUACCGUUCCCGAGAUUUUGUUCCACCCUUCGGACAUUGGCAUCAAAAGCAUAGGAAUUGCAGAAGCAGUUUGUAAAUCGAUUUUUUCGUGUCCUUUGAGUUUCCAGAAAGAUUUAGCCAAGAAUAUUGUUUGUAUUGGCGGGAGCACAAAAUUUGACGGGUUCAGGGAUAGGUUGUUUAAUGAAGUCAGGAGCAUGAUUCCAGCGUCGUGGGAAGUUAACGUUUACCAACCGUCAGACCCGAUUACGUACAACUGGAUGGGUGGUAAAGUGCUUUUGAAGGAUCCUGAGUUUAAAUCAAAGUUAGUGACGAAACAGGAAUACGAGGAAUGUGGAAUGAGCGCCAUCCAGGAAAAGUUCAAUCAGUGGUCUAUCAUUGAUAUAGAAGAGACCGUCCAGUCAAAGCCAAAGAUAGAGCCAGUUAGUUACAUUGACCACUUAAAGAAAUACGAUGUGUUUGGUAAAGGCAUUGUGUCCGAAGAGUCGAGCGAAAAUAACGAGAAGAAAAACGAAAAUCCUGAGGAAUCGCGAAAAUGUGAGGAAGAAAUUGAUGUUUCGAGUAAAAACGACGGGGAGGAGAAACUGAACUUGACCGAUGACGAUAAGUUUAAAGUUGUGAAAAUGAUUAAAAAAAGCACGCGAAGUGGCACAGCUCCCAUGAUAUAUUCUGUUAAGAUUGUUUCCUCUGUUUCAAAAGCGAAUUGAAUAAACGAAUUGAUUUUUA